AGAGGUGGAGGAAGCCGGAAGUGGAUCGGGCCCGGGUUGGUUCGGGCGUUGCGGGUUUGUGGCCUGGGAUCGCUCGGACCGUGGCAGCUGAGGAGCCCGUGACGGGACGGAGCGACGCCAUCCCGGCACUGAGGCCUGCUGACCGCCUUGCGCCAGCCUCACCUCUGCGAACCCAGCGCGUUGCUCUCCUCCCCCCGGACAGGCAGGCUCUGUGCGCUCGGCGGAGGUCGGCGGCGACCAGCAGCGACCGCGGAGCGACGGCGGGCGGCCCCGGGCAUGUACGCCCCCGGAGGCGCAGGGCUGCCUGGCGGGCGCCGGCGGAGGAACCCGGGAGGCAGCGCUCUGCCCAAGCAGCCGGAGCGUAGCCUGGCCUCGGCCCUGCCGGGUGCCCUGUCCAUCACCGCGCUGUGCACUGCCCUCGCCGAGCCUGCCUGGCUGCAUAUCCACGGUGGCACCUGUUCCCGCCAGGAGCUGGGGGUCUCCGACGUGCUGGGCUCCGUGCACCCGGACCUGCUGAAAGAUUUCUGCAUGAAUCCCCAGACAGUCCUGCUCCUGCGGGUCAUCGCCGCCUUCUGCUUCCUGGGCAUCCUGUGUAGUCUCUCCGCCUUCCUUCUGGAUGUCUUCGGGCCCAAGCAUCCAGCCCUGAAGAUCACCCGUCGCUAUGCCUUCGCCCACAUCCUCACAGUCCUGCAGUGUGCCACCGUCAUCGGUUUUUCUUACUGGGCUUCCGAACUCAUCCUGGCCCAGCAGCAGCAACAUAAGAAGUACCACGGCUCCCAGGUUUAUGUCACCUUUGCUGUUAGCUUCUACCUGGUGGCAGGCGCGGGCGGGGCCUCAAUCCUGGCCACAGCAGCCAACCUCCUGCGCCACUACCCCACGGAGGAAGAGGAGCAGGCACUGGAGCUGCUCUCGGAGAUGGAGGAGAACGAGCCCUACCCGGCAGAGUACGAGGUCAUCAACCAGUUCCAGCCGCCCCCGGCCUACACGCCCUAGUGCCAGCCGUGGGCCCUCCUCCUUGGCAGCCCUCCCCGCUCUGCAGCGCCCUCCACACCCAGAGGUGCUCCUUUCCCCAGCGGGCCUCACCGGGAGGAUCCUGACCGUCUUCACCAACCUUCCCUGGGAGAGACUCUGCCUUUAGCGUUUGUUCAUGGAUCCCCGCUCUCAAAACCUGGGGUUCACUGGUUUUAGAUAAUGGCACUGUUUCCCUUCUUUCCACCCCCCUCUCGUUCCACAGUCACUCGUCAUUACCAACCAGGGAUGAUCGUACACGUUUUCCCCCUUCAUGGGCCCUAUCUCUGAGACUGAGACUUUCCUUGGGGAGCUGUUGACAGUGGACGGUCCCCGCUAGAAGAGGCGUCCACGGGGCCCAAGGGAAAGGGGACCGUGCCCUGCGGGCUCGCCUCAUAGCUGUCCACAUGUGCCCCACAGCGUAGCUCUGGGCUGAGCCCUGCCCCUGCCCCUUCUGGGAGUGCCCAGUACCGGGCUGCCCGCUCUGUGGAAUUCUCUGCACUUUAGUCUUUGGACUGCCUGUCACGUGUGUUCUGGUUCUGCAGGGAGAAGGGGUGGCUGCUGGGAAGCAGAGCACGUGCUCUCCCUGACCCGUCCCUGCCUGGUGGCCGGCGCCCUGGCGUGAGCCUGAGGCCCCCCGGAAAGGAUCAGUGUGAAGGGGGCCAAAUCUCCCCAGCCCUGUCACCUUUUAAAAUGUGAGUGGUUUUAAAAGGGAAAAACAAAACUGAGCAACAACACCAAUACUCUCUUUUUAAACUAGCGACAAGACUGUCAUCGUCGUCCUUCAGCUAUUUAUCCCGUCCCUUCUGGCCCUGCCAUGUUUGGGGCCCGCAGACCCCUCCAGCCCCUGGUAGUUCCUCCCCGAAUCCCUCCUGGCAGAAUGCAGCCCUCUUCCCUUGCCCCCUCCUCCCAGUGACCACGGCUCCCUGCGGCCUUCCUGUGGAACCCAGAGCCACAUCGGCCUGGCUGGCUGGCCAGCGUGGUGCUCCUCAGGACCGCGGCACUGAGGCGUAACCUGGCCUCCGUGCAGGAACAGGGGCUGCAGCAGGCCAGGGAGCCCGCCGCUCUCCACGUAGGAACUGUGACCAGGGGGGCCCUGCUGCAUGAGGUGUCAGAACCUCCUGUCAGGCGAGCUGCCCUGGCUGUGCCCUUCAGGCUCAGUGUGUCCCCUAGACUGUGAGCUGAAUGUAUGGUCCACAGGGACCCUUCUUGAAUGUACUCUGGUCUCACAGUGUGCUGCCGGCGCUUUCUUGCCCGGCCAUCGCUCUGGCCGUUCUGUUGGCCACACGUGGCUCUGGAUCGGCUGAAUUUUCUGCCCUGAGAUAUGGGGCAUAAAGUGGGAGAAACCGGAGAGACCUACGGUGUGGAUCCAAAUGGCCAAGCUUCUUUGGAAUCGGUGUCCAGUGUUCAGCCGAAAAGCAGAUGGAUCCCCGUGUCCUUCACAGGCGAUAGACAGAGUAAGACUGGAGCACGGACACCAUUGUUGACCUGUGGCUAGACGGGGACUGUCAUGUCCCUUGUCCUUCUUUGGCCAGACUGCCUGAGGAUGUCUGGACAGACGCCUGUUUCGGUGGUGAAGGCCAUGUCUGCGCCUGAGUGAGCGGCCACGUGGGGUUCACUGCGAUGCCAAAGUGUGUCCCAUGGUGACUCUCACACUCUUCUAGACUCUUCUCUUAGGCGAGAAAGACUGCCGUGUGAUACCUGAGCACAAAGCCGAGGAGCUAAAUUAAGUCUUGACUUGCUGUAGAGUCUGAGUUUGGCAGAUUUCUAGGGUGCAGCCAGCUCUCUCUGACCCUGGGGUUCUGAGCAGGCGGACCAGGAGACCGGGCACCAAACACGCAUGCCAAAGUGACCGGUCGUCUCAUGAGGACCCAGACAUGACCCUGUGGUUCGGAACCCACUUUUUAUUAGCUACCCACGCCUCUGGGCUUUCUUUCUCUUUUCCCCUGCCCUCCUGACACUGAUAGUUUGUCAUAUAAACUCCCUUGGUUGUGUUCCUUUUAUUUUCUAGAAAAAAAAAAUUAAAAGCAAAACAAAACAAAAAAACCCGAAACCACAAAUAAGAAUGUAAAUGCCAA